AUUUCCGCUGUGUAUAGUGUAGUAUAGUAAGCGAACAAGUUAUUCAACCGCGAAGAUCAGGAAUUCCCUGCCUAGCUGCCUAGUCAAGAGUCAAGUCAGAUUUCAGAGUUUGGCUACACACUCGGCUACACCAAUUAAAGAGGCAACAUGCCACCCAAGCACAAAGUUCAGCUGGACAAGGGAGCAUGGCAAUGGGCAGAAACUACAGAUUAUACUCAGGUUACAGAAGAGCAUGUCAAGAUGGCCUAUAGACUGAACCUUUCCACAUGUGAAAGAGCUUCUUGCAAACGUAAUUGUAAAGGUAACCCAUUCUGUUUGAAUAAUCUUGGAGAAAAAAAGUGGUAUGGAACAGUGGAUGAAACUAAGUGGCAGAAUUUUGAUCCUGACGUAGAACGACGGCAAAAAGGCCACUUUGUUGGCUUAAAAAAUCUGGGAGCCACCUGUUAUGUCAACACUUUUUUACAACUUUGGUUUCACAACCCUAUCAUCAGACGAGCUGUGUAUGAGUGGAGGGAACAAACACUACCAGAGGAGUAUUAUGAUGAUUGGAAACCUGACUCAAUAUGUGGUCACCUUCAAGUGAUGUUUGCAUUAUUACAGUUAAGUAAUAGAUGUUUUGUUGAUCCCAGUCCUCUGAUUGAGUGUAUAGGCUUAGAUACUGGAGAACAGCAGGAUGCUCAAGAAUUUUCAAAGCUUUUCCUUCAUCACUUAGAGCGUUCCUUGUCGACUGUAAUUACAGAGAACGAAAAUGUUAUAGUGCAACAAUUUUGUGGUAGAUACUGCUAUGUUACUAUUUGUCAAAAUUGUAAAAGUGAAUCUGAAACACCAGCCACAUUUUAUGAACUUGACUUGAAUAUCAGAGGCCACUCAACCCUGGCCGCAUCAAUCAAAGAUUUCCUACAGGAAGAGAAACUGGAAGGUGACAACCAGUACAUGUGUAGUGUGUGCAACAGUAAACAGAAUGCCACAAGAGCCAUCAGACUGAACAAACUGCCCCCAGUACUCAACCUGCAGCUCUUACGCUUUGUGUUUGACAAGAACAAAGGCCACAAAAAGAAACUGAGUAGUUUUAUCCAGUUUCCUGAGACUCUGGAUAUGUCUCCAUACCUACAGACUGAAGAUGUAGAUGAGGCAGUGUAUGAGCUGACAGCUGUACUGAUACACAGGGGCCCUACAGCUUACAGUGGACACUACAUUGCACACAUCAGGGAACAAGACACUGGUGCCUGGUACAAAUAUAAUGAUGAGGAGAUUGAGAAAAUGAACAACAAAAAGUUGGAACUGGGAAAAGAAGAAGAUGUUUUAGCAACAGAAAACACUUCCGAAAAAGCUCCUAAAGCCAGCAAGGGAAACCAUUCUUCUCGUAAUGCUUAUAUGCUGGUGUAUAGAAGACAAAAGUCUUGUAAUAAUGGAGAUUUGACUAACAUAUCAGAGGAGUUAUUACCUGCUGCUGUUAGAGGAUAUGUAGAGAGAGAUAACCAGGACUUUGAAGGUUGGAUCAAAGAAAUGCUGGACACUCAGGAACAAAAUAUUUCUGAGGUGAAACAAACUCACGAAGAAAUGCGAGCUUUGUAUAGUGCACUUCCUGUUAAGUCUUUAGAAGAACCAUGGGAGUGGGUUACAUUAGAGUGGUUAACUAAAUGGUUGGCAGAACCGGCUAAAAUUGACCAGGUUAGCAACAGGGUUCCAAAAUGUCAGCAUGAUAAACUUCCACCUGAUGAUGUGGUCAAGAUGAAGUGUAUUUCUAAAGAAGGGGCGGGGCUAUUAUUUACCAGAUAUCCUAUUGAUAAAAGAUAUGAAGGUGAAUCCUUGCUUUGUGAAAAAUGCAUCCGACAGCGCUGCCGAGAAAUGAGGUUUCGUUUGUGCAUGUCAGAUGAUGAUAAACUGUUUAGUAGUUCAAAAAAUAUCAGUAUUUUAGAUCCUGGAGAGGAAUACUUUUGGGUCAGCACAAAGCAUUUACGCAGUUGGAAAAAGUAUGCAAUGGAGGAAAUUGCCAUUCAUCCUGUUGCAAGUUCCUCUUCAUUGAAUGAUGACACACAUCCAUCGUCUGGCGCCUCUUCAGACCAGGAAGCCUCGUCCUCAUCCGCCUCUUCAAGUUGUAAUUUGAACAACAGUAGCCAAGAAGAGCAGAAUAUUUGUGUUCCCUGUGAUUAUCCACCAGAGCAAGCUGGUUUGGCAGGCAGACUUGCUGCUGUUCUGCCAGCUUCUGAUCUCCCUGUAAAUUCAUCCCACCUAGACUUGAAAUCUCCAGAAAACAACACUGUACAGUCAUCCCCCCGGUAUUCAAAAUCUUCAGAAAUUAUGAACAUCUCACCAGAUUUGUCUCCACCAAGCAGAGAUGCAUACAAUACUAAAAUAACUGAUGCAAAUGCUAUGCAUGGCUCUCAUAAGCUAUGGACGAACAGCAGUGAAAAUUUGUUUCGAAACACUACCCUCUCACCAAAGGGUUCACCUUCAGAUAACGGUGGGAUCAAGGACAGUACUUUUGACGAGGAUGGAAUGGACGAUUGUGAGAGCCCAGAAAGUGGGACUAUUGUGCUGAAAAAAACAAUGCCGCUUUUAGAAAACACUGUAUCGGAGAAGGGGAUAGAGGAGCUGAGCCUGGAGGGUCAGUCUGGCCGAAAGAGGAGCAAUGGGAUGGUGGAUAAUGAGGAUGACCAGGAGGGGAGUGGGGAGGAGGGAAGGAAAGAUUGCCUGUAUGUGGGGGAAAAGGAGGAAAAAUUUAACGACGAUAUACUCUGUGAACAUGGCAAUCUUAGAAUUGAUGAGAGUGGUAGACGAGCUGUAUCCAAGACUGUUUGGGAUCGACUAGUUUAUUAUUUUCCACAUUUGAAGCCAUUUAAUAUGUCUUCAUCAGUUUGUGAAGAAUGUCUGUCACACCAGCUCAUAGAACAGCAGAAGAAGGAGGACAGGAAGUUGGCAGGUCAAGGUCAGAAAGAUGACCUGCAGAAUCUGUAUCACAUGAAGAACCGCCCCAAGAUUGGAGACAGCUGGGAGGAGAGGACAGCUUAUGUCGUCAGUGCUAACUUUGUUGAUGGGUGGCGCAAGUUUGUCAAGCAUUCAGUGAAAAGUGAAUCUGUCCAAGAGAUUGUCAAUGCCCCAUUGCUGUGUGAACACAACCUGUUGCUGUAUAAGCCUGAGGAUAUGAACGCACCAGACAACGCCACAAGGUUUACUCUGGUUUGGGAUGAAGAGUGGCAGAAGUUGACCAGGUAUUUUGCUUUUGAUGAGGAGAUCCAGGUAAUGCAGUUCACAGAAGCUGAUGGCUCCAAACAAGUGGUCACUCUACCUGGAGUCUGUAGCACAUGUCUGAAUGAGAGAAUCCGUCAGGAAGAAGAAGGGAAGUUUAUCUUCUCCCGGCAGACCAUCUACGUCAGGAAAGUCCUGGAUGGGAGCAACAGUGAGAUCAACUGUAGGGGAGACGAGCCAAAGGAAAAUGGAAAGGGAUACAACUAUGAUCCAGAAUUUAACGCCCCUCCCCACCAGAAACCAGCUAAAUGUAAGAGCAUUGAGCCACCCCCAGAGAAGAUGGCCAAGCUGGACACUGUGGCACCAAGAAAAAGUUCCAGACACAGGAAGACCAGGGGGGAGAAGGAGUUGGUUGUUUCAUCCAACAUGACGCUUAAAGAACUUAAAAUACAGCUUUACAACCUAUGCAGUGUUCCACCCUUUGAUCAAAACCUUUCACUAGAUGGCAGAUGUCUUAAGAACGAUGAGCUGACAUUACAAGACCUCAAAGUCUACCCACAGUGUGUUAUUUUUCUUAAGGCUGAUGAACCAACAGAAACAGCAGCAUCAGUCGAGGACUUUUUAAGUGUUCCUACAAGACCAGAAGAGGGAUUUAAAGGAACAAAUUUAUUGGGAAGAUGAGUAUCAAGGGGCUAUAAGUGCAGUAUUCUCUCAGCAAGAAAACUUGUUUGCUCCCUAUUACUUAGCAUUAUUUAUUUUGUGUGUUUUAUAUUGAAAACAGUUCUUUGAUCAGUAAGACAUUUUUUUUGAUCAGUAAGACAUUUUUUUGAUCAGUAAGACAUUUUUUUUAUCAGUUAGACAUUGCUUAGAUCAGUUAGACAAUGCUUUGAUCAGUUAGACAUUUCUUUGAUCAGUAAGACAUUUAUUUGAUCAGUUAGACAUUUCUUUGAUCAGUUAGACAUUUCUUUGAUCAGUAAGAUAUUUCUUUGAUCAGUAAGACAUUUCUUUGAUCAGUUAGACAUUUCUUUGAGCACUAAUAUACAUCAAAUAUGUGUAGAACACAUCUUAGUUCUUAAGGUUGGUCUAUUGUAAAAUGUCUAUCCCAUGUAUCAAAUUGUAGGAUGUGAAUCAGACAUUUACUUACAUCUUUGCUGGUUAGAACAUAUCCUAUAUAAAUAGGACACCUUCUAGACUUGUAGGACAUCGCCUAGGUGUGUAGGACAUCCUUAAGGUGUGUAGGACACCUAGACAUGUAGGACCUGUAGUCUCUAGCCUAUUAUGAGAUUAUCUCCCUUGACACAUUAGCUAGUUGUGUACAUAGAAUCAGGUUGUUGUUGUCGUAGCUUUGAAUACAAAGUUCAGAUUAUUUUUAUAUUUCAAAAUCUAUUUUUAACUGUCAAAACAAAGCUAAUAUAAAAAAUUGUGUGGAAACUCACCACACACAAAUUUCAUUCAAGAUCAAUUUCUUUUAUUUUACAACAACCAAGCAGCAUUGUAUUGAUUACAGUGAAUUUAGUUUACAAUUCUUGGCGCUCAUGUAGUUUUAAUAAAACUGCAGUGUACUGAUGCUAAUGAAUUGGAUUUGAAUUAUUUACAGUCUUGUUUUUUAUUUAUACAUGCUUAAAAUUAUCAUUAUUUCUUUUUGUGUGCUCAAAGCAAGCAAAUCUUCUCCUACCCAGAUAUUUUAUCAGUUGAUUAUUUAGCUGUGCAUAUCUGUUAUUAUCAAACCAUGGCCUCCAAGAAAAACUGAAAAUUGAAUUCUUUCACAAGCCUUUGUUUAAAGCUUGAGAUUAUAAACUUUACCAACUGUUUUCAUUACAUAGUAUUUCAAUUUGUUUAAAAAGAUGUUAACCCUUUUUAAGAUUUAAAUACUUUUUUGAUUGAAUACAAAAGUAUAGUUUAAUGGAGGGAAAAAAAAAUUUUUGCUUCUUAGAAUACAUAAACUUCGUGUUCAAAAUUAUAUUUUGUUUAAUAAACAUGAAAACUAUAGUUUCUUUCUUGCAUUAAAAAAUGUUUGGUUUUUUUAAAGGAUUUCAGUAAUUGACUUUUGUAUCUACUUAAAUCAUCUAUUUUUGUUAUUAGUUUCCAUAUUAUGAUUGAAAAAUAACUAUAUCUACUGUAAAUAUCCAUUCAAUGUGUUGUUACAUGUUUGAAAUAAAUGUAUCACCUAUGCUAAUAGUCUUGUGACUAUGUCCCAUGAUGCAAUUCAUUACUUAUUCAUAAGAUAUUUAUUAAAUAAUUCAUUAUCCUUAAACACAUUACAUUGCUUUGGUGAGGGG